AUGGCGACUCCGAGUGUCCGCGUCAACACUUUCUUGCAAUGGAAGGAAAAACCCUUUAUCGACAAGCUCUCCAAAUUCUAUAUAGUAGCCGAAAUGGUUUUAGGGCUUAACCGGUUACCACUUGUAAUCUGCAACAUGAGGUUCUUUUAUUUGCCUCUGAUGAUAUCUUACUCUCUUUUGUUAAUAGUGACUAUAAUUUUCUCUACAAUUUACACGUAUGAUACUAGAUAUGUUGCCGUUGUAGUAGUCAUGAAUAUGUGUGAGUACAUCUUUGCUAUCAUCUUUAAUUUCAUCACUUGGAAAAGGAUGCAGCGUUUUUACAUCGAAUUGUCGACGUUCGAUGCCGAAGUGGGUUGCAGGCCAAAAGUCACGCGUGGUUCUAUAGGGAAUUUAGUGCAAACGCUCAUUCUAUUAUUGCUAUUCGGUGUUUUCUAUAUAAUGUCAUUUAGUAUGGAUAAUUGGAAUGACUUGCUACUGCCGCUGGUGCCGGUGAAUUUGAUUCAUGCCAUGGAGGUUCAUUACUAUGGCCAUUUACUUAGCCUCCUCAUCCCGAGGCUACGAUUGCUUAACUAUUAUGCGGAAUCAACUUUGUCCAAUGACAAAGCUAUUGCUGCUCCGAAAGUGGAAGAAUUUGUAUAUUUUAAAUAUAACAAUAUCACAAACGGACAAAUGAAAAAGUUAAUGGAUCUCUAUCAUAUUAUCAUUAAAGCCUACGAUUACAUGGUGGAGGCAAUUAAAUGGCAGUUACUCGUGAUUAUAAUAACUUCAUUUAUCUCAAUAUUGGCGUUUUGUUAUAGUAUCUCUAUAACUAUUAUCUGCAAUACAGAUCCUUUAAUGGAUGUAAUAUCGGACAUGGGUCUCACCAUAGGACAAAUGAUACCACUAUUUUCCCCAUGUAUGUUCAGUGAUAAAGUUCACAAUGAAGUACGACGCCUUAGAGAGCUUCUAGCCUCCAGACUAUAUGAAAAUAAACUUGAUAAAUCUAGUCGUAGCACAGCACGGGCUUUGCUUGCUUUGACUGAAGCUAGAGAUUUAUCAUUUUCACUAUUACGAAUGCUGGAAAUUGAUAUUUCAUUGCCGUUCAAGUUCAUAGGCCUGCUUAUCACUUACCUUAUAAUUCUUCUUCAGUUUGAAAAAGUAAUCAACCCCGAUCCACAAUAAAAUUUCAAUCAAUUAUUAAGUUGUGACUGAUGAACAAUCAUAAAAACAAUAGAAAAUUAUACUGUCAGUCUGUCCUUUAGCAAAGAACUUACAAGAAAUUAGA